AGCAGGAACAGUCAAUGAAUGCAGUUCCCCAACGUGACAGUAAGGGGAGCAGGAGGUUGUCAACAGUUCUCUGAUGUCUACUAUGGCAGGCUGCUUGGGCUAAUAGAGAAAGAAGACAAGCUAGUGUUCAAGCAAGAUGGUCGCAGUCGCUUUGCUCAUUUUAUCUCCUACCCGUUGCCUCUCACCCCUCCCAAUACAAGAACUCCGUAUGACCUGACUAGGUUCGAGCAGCCUGAUGAAGUGCUACCUCCUGGACGCAAGUUCAACAUCUAUCACCAACUCCUCUACUUUUACUCCAACCACACUGACGUUCAUUUACCUAUCUCCGUUGCAACAGAAUUGCUACCACCUACUCGACCAACAAUCUCAAAGAAUCCAAACUAUUCAAAAUAUAAAAUCGAGUUCUCCAAAGCUCGUACCCGAAGUGCAUCGUACCCUACAGCUUCUGACUCGGCUAAGCCUUCAGACCACCCCUCUUGCUGUUCUAUUGUGGCCCAGCUAGAUGACCUGUUGUUGUGGGCAUGUGGACCUGACCAGAAGACUUUAGGUGUGGCUCGUCUUUCAUUUGUGUCUACAAUCUUCCAAGAGUCAGACUCAUUCUUAAGUUGGUCGCGAUGCCACUCCCCACUCCCCUUCACCCCACUGCAAGCCCUGAGCAUGCCUGCACAAAUACGUCAUAUACAGACGGCUAAGAUAAAUAAAAUAGGUUAUGUAGGUGUAAGAUGUGACUACUACGUUUGUGUCCUGCUGGUCAGUGAAGGAGGGCUGGAGGCAGUGAAGGUCCAUCAAACGCAGCACCUCAUCACACUAUCAGCUUUUAGUCCAUAUGUGCCGGAAGAGUUUGUAGUAUUCACUGAACCAGGAGGACUCUGUCUCAUUUCUCCAGUGUCAAACAUCACCCAGAUAACGACUCCACUUCACCCGCAGGCUCUGUGCUUUGGCCCCCACCCACGCUCUGUGAUUAUUGCCGUUGACAGCACAGUGCACAAAAUAGACUGGAGGACCUUUCCUGUCUCCACAUGUAUCCUUUAUGAAGCUAAGCAGCGGAUCACGUGCAUGUCACAUGACCCGGCUCACCUGUUCAGUGUGUUUAUGUGCACUCGGAACCAUCUCCUUGCCAUUGAUCUGAGGGAGCCAGGUCGACUAGUGCUCUCUGUGUUACUCGAGAUCACACGACCACCAUUCUUCAUCACCUUCACCAGCAGCCAUGAAGAGACUCUUCUGAUGCUGGUCAGUUGGAUGGAAUGUACGGUGGUGGGUGUGUCCAAGUCACCACCCCUGAGGACCACCACUCGUCCACACCUGGUCAUGAACUUCAAGGUGAUGCAUAAUCGACUGAUGGCCGCCGGGCUCCCGUGUGAGGGACGACUAUGUCACGUGACCUAUCGUCUCACCCGACCAAUCAUAGGAGCCGCUCUCUGGUUUGCUGAUUCCACUUAUGCUUCUAUCAUUGCGACAGAUCUAGGAGAUGUGUUUCAUCAGAGUUGGACAUAUGAGGACACACCCACUUCCUCUGCUGAGUACAUUUUAAGUGCUUCGAGUUGUCAUGGCUACAAUCUCUGGUUGGAGGAAGCCUUCACCCAAGAAAAGGAGCUUGCUGAGUACCAUGAAAUACUCCCGACUGGAGGAAGGCCAUUUAUGAGAUCAUCCGCCAGCAACUGUGUCAUGGAUUACAUUGUGUCCCCCGAGACUCCUCCCACUCGACUGUGUGUCCGCUGUCACUUCAUGUUCACACUUGGCUGUCGGAUUGACCCCUCUCAUCACAUGAGUACCCGAGCCACUACACCUGCUCACUGCACCUUCUGUGGAGGACUGAUCGACCUUGUCAAGACCGAGAAAAGCCGCCAUGCCGACUCCGUGGCUUCUGCUAUGGAAGAACUGAGGAAAGUGAUACCCCCACCACAUGAAGCUGAUGAUAUAGACAGUACUCUCUUGCAUGGGUGGACAGACUGAUAGCAUUUGUGUCUAUUACUGUGUUAUAAUUAUAGUCAUGUGUCACAUGAUUAAUUUGCUUGAAGAACAA